GUACAGGUUAUGUUACUGCUGGUGUUGACUGGAGUUAGGAACCAGAAAUAAUAAAACAUACUAAAGCAAAGGAUAACCGAAGGUAGACUACAAACACAUUUUAGAUUUUAUGUACCCCCUCUCUUUACGCAGGAGUAUGGGUGCCAUUUAAUUGAGACACUGUCUGUGUGAACUUAACCGGUCGAGGCACCAAUGCGCCAUGGCCAUGAGCAUGACGAGUUCAAUAAGUCGCCUUCUCGCUGCACGUAGCUUCCGUACGGCUGUCGUAUCACAGAGAGCGUACCGACUACCGGUGUAUCAUUUCCUCUUCCAGAGACCAGGGCGGGUAACCACAGCCACAAUCACAAGAGCUAGAUCUAUAGCCACUACCAGAGACGAACCAGCGAUGGCCGAAUCAAAGAAUGCUCUCCCGGCUGAGAAGGUAGAAGCAUGCUGCUCUGCACCUGAUGCAUCAACUCAGGGUUUUAUUAUGCAGCAGACGAUGUACAGAAUUCGAGAUCCACGCAAGUCCCUUGAUUUCUACACCAGGGUGCUGGGAAUGAGGUUACUGACAAGGCUUGACUUCCCCUCCAUGGAGUUCACCCUGUUCUUCAUGGGCUUUGCCAAUGAAGCUGAUAUCCCCAAGGAUGAGAAGGAGAGAAUUAAAUGGACAUUCAUGCAGCCUGGAACAAUAGAGCUCACAUAUAACUAUGGUACAGACUCGGAUGAUAAAUUUGAAGGCUACCAUAAUGGUAACAAGGAGCCUAAAGGAUUUGGUCACAUUGGUUUAUCUGUACCUGAUGUGUAUGCUGCCUGUGAGAGGUUUGAAAAGCUAGGAGUGAACUUCAUCAAGAAGCCUGAUGCAGGUAAAAUGAAGGGACUCGCUUUCAUUCAAGAUCCCGAUGGAUACUGGAUUGAGAUCCUUAGUGCCAACAACCUGGCCAAGACAGAAUGAUAGAAACCAGUUAUUUUGUUUCACUGCUGGGUGUACAAAUACAUGUAUGCACACCCUCCUGUACUGCCAGACUUUGUCUAACAGUGGCUGGAAUAACGCAAGAUAAUUGAAGUGCUAUUGCUACAAUCACAAAGCCUCGCUGUAAUCGACACAUAAGAGCAUUAUUGGAUUCAGGGUUGGACCAUAGACAAAUAAAGUAGUAUAGAUGCGCAGGUUGCCUCAUUUGCUUAUGAGCUGCAGCGUCACCAUUCAGUAUUUGGCUCCGCCUCCUUGGGGACAUUUCAUCGCUCCUGAAUCCAAACGAUCACAACAUUUUCAAGAAAUAUUGAUUGCAAUCUCAGACACUAUCAAUUUUUGCUUUGCGUACUCAAAAAAUAUCAAGCUUUGAUGGGACUGUACCUUAUGAAUGUGAAAAUUAUUAAACAUAAUUUAUCGAUCGCAAAAUUUGAUGUUCUCCGUCACUCCGCUGUUUGCAGAGUUCAAGUUGAACUCGGCUAUUCUGUUGCAUUUGAAAGGUGAUAUAGAUAUUUUUUAAGUGCUGUAAGUGACAUCUCAAUUUUUAUCAUGUUAUGUGAACAAUCAUACCUUGGUGAAAAGCAUCUAAAAAUGUUAUGUUUUAAAAGAUUUUAUUUCCUUUGUCUUUUCAUUGUCUCUUUAAAUAUGAAAUAAACAGAUAUUUAUAUUUAAAAACAUGAACAACCCAUGUAUAAUUGAGUGAAUACUUUGUUUCUAGGAGUUGUUGAUUUAAACAUUAUACCAAUUGGGCAUUAGGGCAGAGGUGAAUUAUGUAUUAAAAUAUAAUUAUUUUUGCAGUUUAUGAUCAUUUUUUUUUCAUUAGAAGUACAACCUGAAAUUUAUUUGUACAAAUGUAUAAACUGUCAUGAAGGGAGAUCAUUUGUUUCUUGCAUUUUGAUAUGAAAUAAAAAAAUUGAUUACUAUUCUGAAAUAAAA